CUUGGCUAUUGGAUCGCGGCCUUCUUGCGCUGCCAACGCAAAGGGCUACCACGACUUCUGACAUCGACAACUUGGAGAGCUUCUUGGAGAAACAGAGUAGCAACUUGCAAGUUGAGGACGAGCCGGCAAGCGAGAAGGAUACAACAGCUUCCCUGACGCCUACUGUCACUUCGCAAAGGAGCAGCGGUCAACCGCGUCACAGGAUACCAGUAGUCGCAACUCCCGGCUUUCGGCUGCAUUUUCUAUCCCAUCAUGGCGCAGCUCUUCGCAAAAGACCCGCGCAGCACCGGGCUCUUCAUCGGCGGGCAACGCUUAUCAGGCGCAGAGAUUCGGGACCAGAAUGUACUUGCUGCACAGACCAUCGCCAAUAUCGUCAAGAGCAGUCUUGGGCCAGUCGGGUUAGACAAGAUGUUGGUCGAUGACAUUGGUGACGUAACCAUCUCCAACGACGGUGCCACGAUUCUGCAACUGCUUGAGGUCAACCAGCCGGCAGGGCGCAUCCUGGUCGAACUUGCACAGCAGCAGGACAAGGAGGUCGGCGACGGCACCACCUCGGUCGUCAUCAUUGCCGCCGAGCUGCUGCGUCGAGCCAACGAGUUGGUCAAAAAUAAAAUUCACCCGACCACCAUCAUCACCGGCUACCGUUUGGCGUGCAAGGAGGCGUGCAAGUAUAUGCAGGAUCAACUAAGCACCAAGGUCGAGGCGCUUGGCAAAGAGUCGCUCAUCAAUGUCGCUAAGACGUCUAUGUCCAGCAAGGUUAUCGGCAGCGACGAUGACUUCUUCGCCAAGCUUGCUGUCGACGCCAUGCUGGCUGUCAAGACUAUCAAUGCGCGAGGCGAGAUCAAGUACCCUGUCAAGGCGGUGAACGUGCUUAAGGCGCACGGCAAAUCCGCGCGCGAGAGUCUAUUCAUCAAUGGCUACGCGCUCAAUUGCACCGUCGCAUCGCAGGCAAUGAAGACGCGCAUCAAGGGAGCCAAGAUCGCGUGUCUUGACAUUAAUCUGAUGAAGCAGCGCAUGCACAUGGGCGUGCAUAUCACCAUCGACGACCCGGAUCAGCUGGAGAAGAUUCGGGCGAGAGAGAGCGAGAUGGUCCUCGAGAGGAUACGUAAGAUUCUCGCCGCUGGCGCCAACGUCAUCUUGACCACCAAGGGCAUCGACGACCUGUGUCUGAAAGAAUUUGUCGAGGCGGGUGCGAUGGCGGUUCGCCGGUGCAGGAAGGAAGACUUGCGACGCAUUGCGAAAGCCACGGGCGGAACACUCGUCUCGUCGCUUGCGAACCUGGAUGGUGACGAGACAUACGAGGCUUCGUCCCUGGGCUAUGCCGAGGAGGUGGUGCAGGAGCGGAUUAGUGAUGACGAGCUAAUCCUCAUACGCGGCACCAAGCUUGUCUCGAGUUCGAGCAUCGUCCUGCGCGGCGCGAACGACUACUUGCUCGAUGAGAUGGAGCGCGCACUACACGACUCGCUUUCCGUCAUCAAGCGCACACUCGAGUCCGGCAGCGUCGUUCCCGGCGGUGGGGCGGUCGAAGCGGCGCUGAACAUUUACCUGGAGAACUUUGCCACCACGCUCGGCUCGCGCGAGCAGCUUGCAAUUGCAGAGUUUGCGCAGGCUCUCCUUGUCAUCCCCAAGACGCUCGCUGUCAACGCAGCGAAGGAUUCGACCGAGCUGGUGGCCAAGCUGCGCGCGUACCACAACAGCGCACAGACUGCCGGCGUCGGGGAGCCGAAGAAGGCACUGCGCUUCUACGGCCUGGACCUGCUCGAGGGCAAGGUCCGGGACAACCUCAAGGCAGGCGUCCUGGAGCCAACCAUCAGCAAGGUGCGCAGUCUCAAAUCGGCACUUGAGGCAGCUACCGGUUUGCUCAGGAUCGACGACGCCAUCACCAUCCAGCCUGAAGAGCCGCCUGAGGAUCCGCAUGCGCACAUGUGAACGCCAUCUCUAUGUGCAUUGUGCCCCGCGCGCACGCACAUAGGUGGCACACGUAGUUGGUACACGUUACUCUUGCGACCUUUCGGCUACGUUAAUAGUGACAUCAUGUGUAAUGUACACGUCUGCAUUGGAGUCUGGAUGAUGGCGAAUCUCAUGAAACG